AUAAAGCGACGGAGCAACUCGUAAAAAUAUACUCUGUUUUCUUGUAAUGCGUGAGUGGAGCUCGCAGGUUGAACAUUCCUGAGCUGUUAUUGAAUAUACGAUUGUUUUCGGACUCCAGCUAACCACUGUUGUGUACAUAAGUAAACCAGUUUGUCAUAUCAUAAACAUAUAAACACGUUAUAUAUCUACUAACACUAAACACCAAAUCAACAACUUUCUUGCGCGGACAUAUACGUAUAGACCUAUGUACGUAUAACCAUGUUCGUUGUUUACGCACCAAAUCACAAAACUGUUUCUUGAAUGUUAAACAAAAAAAUUAAAUUGUGAAGGUUUUUUUUUUAAAUCAUGGUAAAAAAGGUACUGAUAGUCGUUGUAGUUGUCACGGUGACGUGUAUCUGUGUAUCAAGCGGGUCGCCUGUAACGGAUGCAGCGCCUUUAAAUAAUGAAGAAGAUGACGACGAAGAAGAAACUAAUUCCACCGAUACGGUGACGAACGAUUUGGAAUUGGAAGGAAAUACUAAAUCUGGAUUUGAUUCGACGUCAACAACAUACCUCAAUAUCAACCGCUCUACGGACGAACCGAUUACAGACAUCUCGACCUCACCGUACAAGAGUGACGCUCGCUCAUUCUGGACAGACUGGUUCAACACGGACAAUCCGGCCAGUGGGAAGGGCGAUCUCGAGUCGUCCAGUUUCAUUGCUGACCGAAUGGCCAUCUCGAUAUGUCCGAAGGGAACCGAAAUUGUCGACGGAGAUUGCCGAACGGCGGAAACACACGAGGGUCCUCCGUUCCUCGAUGACAACCUGCUACAGCCGUGUGGGAAAUACGGACUCCUGUGUCUAAACGAACACCAGGUGGCGCGGAACUGUUCAGACUUUGAAGUCCGCUUUAAAUGUCAAGUGAUUGAUGACUCUCGAUUACCAGUCCUCCCGGGAAAAGACAAAGAAAAGAAGUUUUACACUUUCGAUGUCCGUAUUUACAUCGUCCUCGCGGUUAUCCCGAUUUCCAUUUUCGUCAUACGGGUGUGUUGGACCUUCACGUGGGACCGACGACAUCGUCGAUUCAUUCGGCGGGACUCGGGCGUCGUUCGGCGACACUCGGAAGUCAGCGUCAACAGUGCGCUGUUCCGUCCACCUCCCAGUUACUGUGAACUUUUUGGACAGAACGGAUCCUCGUACACCAUGUCACGAAAUUACAAACUGUGUGAAGUCUGUUCAACAUCUAGCUGUUCGUUGUAUUUGACCUCAAGCGAUAGCGUUGUGACGGGAAAUCGAUCGGUUUCACAAAUAUCUCCGACUGGAAAUGCCCCUAGUAAUAAUUCCAGAAACAGUUCCGGUGAUAAUAUAAAUUAUCAAAAUUCCUUGGAACGUGCUGUCCCGUUAAUCAAGUCCCUGUCGUCUACAUGCAGUGACAAUGAUGAAAAUACAGAACGUGGGUCCAAUAAUCCAACUAUCGAAUUUACUGGUGGACCAACCCGUGAUUCAGACAGUGUCUCUGUCUCAGUUUGUCAUGGGACAACAACACGUGACCCAGAGAGUGUCAGUAUGCCAAUCAGUGACGAGACAACACGUGACCAAGACAGUGUUGGUGUAUCAGUUUCGAAUGCAGAACCUGGAGUUAACCCUGUUCCAAACCCUGAUUCUCAGUUUGUGACACUGCGCAUAGAUCCAAGUGAUGAACUUCGAGUUGGAAAUUCGGGUACUUCCGUGCUAAUCGUGCCCGAGUCUGGUGGGGAUGAUCACGUGACCAGCGAGCAGUGCGCAUGCCCUUGCCAUAAGUCAACCCGUGAUGAACCAAAUUACGACAACUUGGCUUUUGUACACGACAACGAAACGAAUAACGACAUGGCUCGAAGAAUGCCGGGAAUGCACGUGCCAGUUUUUGGCACGUCGACUGAACUUCCGCCACCGUCUUACAGAGAGGCAUUGGAACUUUUGAAGCAAAACAAACCAGUGAGUUGUUAAAUGACUUGACAACAACACAAUUCAUUAUCCUGGAAUCAUACUGCAUAACUUUUUAUUGUGCAAAUUCUAACAACCAAAACAAGGGAUGAAGGAAAACAUGUGGGAAAUCGCUCAAAGUUAUACUAACUAUAUUAGGACGUGCCGUUGUUUGGGUUUGUUUUCAUGUGUAUUUAAAGAAAUUGGAAUGAAAUGGGUACUUAAGGUACAACAAAAAACUCACACGUACGCACACCCCUAAAAAACUAUUUAAAAAGAUGAGAAAAACAAAAGACCACCCCCCCCCCCCCCACACACACACACAAACCCCCCAGAAUAGAAACAAAACCAAAAAUUAAAAAAAUAAAAGCAUUAAUUUGUGUCUAACUUUUCGAACACAACAAUACAAAGACUGACUGGAUGGGGGAAGGAGGGAGGGGUGGGGGCAGCUAUAACAGCAUCAAUUCGAUUUUCAACGGGGAAUUUUCUUCAGAGUUGGGGGUGGGUGGGGUGGUUGUUCCCCCUGCAUCCCUUUCUCCCCUCCCGACGCCUAUGCACAAAUAUGCAUUUACUUACUAUGUUAAUAUGGUGUAUAUAAUAGAUUUUGUUUUGCCAAAAUUACUUUUGUGAAUCCAGUAUUUAGUGCAAUGCAGUUAUGCAGUGUUGAUGAUUUACUUGUAUAUUUCGUAACCAACACCCUACGUUGGUAUUACAGGCAAUUAAAUGCACUAACACUAGUUAUUAAACACUAUAAUAUAAAAGGAGCAAAAUGGUCGGUCAAUAGUGGUAAAUUUCAUGUCAGAGCCGCUUCAUGUGUGCGCGGGUUUUGGCAUAGUGCUGGCGCGGAAUAUGAAAUAAUGGACACAAUAAAAAAAAAGUCAGUAUGGUUAUCGAUCCAUAGUAGUGAUUCCAAAAACCGCGCAUAACGAAAACGACUCUUGCACAAAAAGGCAGCUUAUAUCUAAAAAGAAAUCACUAUGUUUGAGAGAGAGAGAGAGAGAGAGAGAGAGAGAGAGAGAGAGAGAGAGAGAGAGAGAGAG